CCUCGGGGUGCCCCAGAAACCCGAUGACCAUCUCAACCGUCGAAUACUCAGUUCGUAAGUACGAAUAAUCGAUCCGAUCCGAAUACUCGAAAGAAUCGAGUAGCUCGAAUUGUCUCGAUCGGUUUGAAAUAGUUAAGUGACUCGAACGAUCUGAAUAGGUCGUACAUCUUUCGUACAUUACACGUAGUUUAUACCUUGCGUUAAGCGAAUGCGAUGGUCUAAUUAAUUUGUACAAAAGGUAUACGACCUGUUCGGAUCGUUCAAGUUAUUCGAUUCUUUCACGCUGCUCGGAUCUUUCGAAUACUUGGAUCGAAUCGAUUAUUCGAACCGACAAACUAUGUAUAUCUCGGCUCGUUUUCUCUGAGUAAUAGUAAGAGAUCUAGCACUAAAACAGAUAAUUCGUAUUGCGUACUGUUGUCUGAAUUUCGUCUAUGUUUAUUGGUGAUCUUCCUAUUUUUUCAUCUCUAGAUAUAAUGAUGGAAUUAUCAAAAGACACCAUUGAUGGUCUUGCUAAUAUUCUAAACACAAAUAUUGUUACUGACGAUAACUUUCUACAAAUUUUAGGAAUGGCUACUUCAUAUAUAUAUGAAAAUCCUUCAGAAAUAAAAUGCACUAUCAAAACAUCUGAUGCAAAACCAAUUUUAACAAAAAAGGUUUUUGCUGAUGUGGUAUGUUUACUUAUAGAGGCUACCCGACAUGAUUUAGAUGAAGAAAGCUUAAGAAGUUUUUUAAAUCUUGUAUAUAUUGGUGAAAAAAGAAUUACGAAAUUAUGUGAAGUAUACAUUAAUAAUAAAAAGGCAAUACAGUCUCAAUUGGAAUUGAUAGGCAAUAAUCCACCUCACAUUAUUGAUAUAGACUGGCAUUUAGAUUACUGUGUCAAGUUGGACACAUGCAAUUCACUAGGUGUUCCUCUUUAUCAUGUGCGACUUAGUACUAAAAAACAUGAAACAAUAGAUCAUGUAACAUUUUCAUGUACAAUACAACAGUUGCAAGAACUGGUAUUUAAGCUCAAAGAUGCCAUCAGAUACUCAGAGAAGCUUACUAAUGUUUAGCUGUAUCUUUAAAUUAUUGAUUUGCUGCAUAUAGUAUGAUCCAUGUAUAUUUUCAAAUUUCCUUGGAAUUAUUUUUGUUUUAGCUAUUUCUAUUACAAUAUGUGAGUUUCUAUAAAUUAUAAUUAUCAGCAACUUAUAACAUUUAUGUAUAUUAACAUUUACACAACAAUUAUUAUAGUAAUCGUUUAAUAAUAAACUCAAUAUUUGUACGUAUAA